UAACAGUCUUAACAUACCUCAUACUACAAACCACAUAUAAUUAAUCCCAGCACUACUCCCUUUGGAGUCAACCAAAGCUACGACAGUCGAGUGGCGGGACAAGCUACGCAGAAGUUUACCGAAGAUCAAGAACCUAUACCUCACAAUCAAGAGGCGAGCACAAAGAAAUCAAAUUGGUUUAUACUAGCUCGUAAAAACGAUAUUGGAUAUUGGAUAUUGGUUCGUACUACCUCGUAAAAGCGAUAUUGGAUAUCCAUAACCAACUUGACUUUUGAAUUAAUGCGUUACACGGAAAAGCAUCACAAUGAGGAAGAGGACGAUGUCGCAACGCUCAUGUCUCAUCUUUCCCGUUGCUAGAUUGAGGCGUCUGAUGAAGUCCUCGCGCUUUUUUCUAAAAAAACGUUUAUCUGUUGAUGCAGCAAUAUUCAAAGCAGCAGUGAUUGAAUAUUUAACAAAAGAAAUCUGUGACAUAUCUGGAAGUUUAGCUCUUAAAGAAAAAAGAAAAAUCAUCACCCCAAGACAUAUUAUGCUCUCUGUGGCUAAUGAUGUCGACAUGAAUAAAGUAAAUCCUUUUCAAUUGGAGUAUUUUACGUGAGGUUUUAAACAGACACUAUUGUUUUUUUGGUUUAUUUUUUAUUUCUUUUAGAUGCUGACCACAGUCAUAUUUCCUUCCUCGGGAUCCAAGAUGUAUUUGCCCCUUACAGAUAAAAAGAAUAGAGCAUAUCUCAAAGCUGCAAAAUUAAAAGACCCUCCGAGACACAAGGUCUAUGGAUUUGGUGUUCCACUUGUAAUGUCUGAAAAAAUUAUUAGUAAAACUGUUAUCAGAGUCUUGAAUGGAGACAUAACGAAAGUACAUGCAGACGCUGUCGUACACCCAACAAGUUCUAGGAUAUCUUUCCAUGGGAUCAUUGGAAGUACUCUGCUAAGCAAGGGAGGUUCAGCUUUAGAAAAUGCUGUCAGAAGUUGUAUACAAAAUGAAGGAUUUCCCACUUAUUUGGAAGUGCGUAAAACGCCUGCUUUCAACAUCGGUGCUCAAUGGAUUUUACAUUGCUACAGCCCGACUUGGCGUCAAAACUCGAACUGCAUUGAAAGUGACUUGUCUGUAGCUGUUAUGAACUGUCUAAAACUUUGCGAAUCAGAAAGAUUUUGCUCUGUUGCUUUUCCUUCUAUAGGAAGUGGAAAGUAAGUGCUCUAGACAUUUUACUCUAAUAUUUGCUUCACUUCUGCUUCUAAUUUCGUACCUGGUACGUUUGAAUCACUUUCAAUUAAUUCUUUUUUAUGUUUAAAGAAUGUUCACCUUAAACCUAGUGGAUAUAUGUACUUCAUUGGGCAAAAUAAACUUUAAAUUUGGCAAAUCUCUCUAAUAGUACAUUUUCAAGGCUUGAAGUUCAUUGAGUUUCUUCAUACCAUCACAUGCCAUACCGUUACAUGCGCCGAAUGGUGGGGUUUAAUUGGAUAGAUUUUCAUGCAACUAUACCAGUCGAAUUUUCCACAACGCCAACUUAAGUUUUAUGAAUAACCAAUUGUAGAUCAGUAUACAGCAACAGGUUCCUCAUUUGCGCUCACAAUAUAAGUUCUUAUUACCAAACUAUAUACUUUCAUUGAGCAGUUAUAAUAUGAAAGGUAGUGUUUAUAAAUACAGUAACAACUUAUGGAAAAUUUAAAUAUGAUGGAUAUGAUUUUCAAAAAGCUGUUAUUAUUAUAAAAGCAAACUAACUGUUUGUUGUAAUUUUGUGGAUAGUGAAUGAUGGUGCUUCCAUUGGGAAUUGUAAGCACAUCCAGGUGACGGGUGUCAUUUAGAUUCCACUAUCAGUCACCAUCCACAGUCUAACCACUUACAAAAGACAGCAGAAAGAAUCACAAAAUGUGCUUAACAAAAGCAUGCAUUUAAAUGCCUGAAGCUGUCGUUUGCGAAUUCACCUGUAUGCAGAAUUGCUUGAAAUAUGAAAAUAUGGGUAAUUAAAAAAUUUUCACUGGAUGUGCAAAAGGAGAGGUACUUGAGCAACUAGUUAUAUUUAAUAAUUCCUUCCUAAGGCGCUACCAUUACAAAUCCACAAACAUUAUAAUACAAUAGUCAGUCAAGACAAAGUUAUAAUUAAAUCUGAAACAACAAUAAAGUGAGCAGAAUUUAACAGUACUGAACUUGAAGGUGAAAUGGUAAGGAAUUUAUUUUGAAAGUAACCUAAAAGUCUGCAGAUUUACAGGUCAACCGGACUUAUCAUAUGCGUUUGUUUAGUUCACAUUUUCCAAAAUUCCAUUGAUUAUAACUAACACAUACGUCAGUUAUUGAUUUUACCUGAUGUGUCCAUUGCUGGUACUGUUUGCUUGCAUUUAAAUAACUUUCGAAAUAAACUGUAUACCAUUAGAUUCAAUACGUUAUUGUUUCCAGUGUAAUUAUGACUUUGGUUUUACUGGCCUUUAUAUUAUAAUGUUUGUGGAUUGGUAACUGUAGUACUUCAGAAUGAGAUUAUCGAACAUAAUUGUUUGUUCACAUCUUUCUUAUUCUGAAAACAUUUGAACCUGAUUCCAAUUUUCAUUUUAUAGAGCUGGGGUACCGAAACAACUAGCUGCACAAACGAUAUUGCAGACUUUGAAAAACUAUGUAGAUGCCAGAUCCGGGAAUACAAGUUUGAAAGUCAUAUACUUUGUACUGUAUGACCGAGAAUCAAUAGUUGUAUACACAACCGAACUUAAUCGGCUCAUCUAACUUUUUUAUAGUCUUCUGAGUUAAAGUUUCUACUGGUACAUAUAACGACUUUUAUAUCUUUCCUCAAAACAGUUUAAUGAUUUUAAUUAAUAUUGCGACCAUCAUAUCAUGUUUACAAAACUUGUACUUUUCUUCCAAAUUUGCACAUUUUUUCUGAGAAUGCAAAGUUUACCUUGACCUUUCCGUUGAAUAUAAAUUACAGAAACGUAUAAUCUCUUGUUUCAAAAAAUGGAGAUAAAUCACAACACUUCCUUGAAGAAACUUAGAACAUAUAGUAAGGAAGUUAGCUAUAGUCUAUUACUAGACAGGAAUAUGAAUGGUUUUGUUUAACUUUUGUAGACCUUUUGAAAUGUAUUACAAUUAGAUCCGUCUUCACUGUCAUAAAAUAUUUUACUGAUGUAAACACAAUUGUAGACUAGUUUUAUUUUAUGCAAUGUUUGACAGACUGAAUGCACACACAUUGACGAGAUUAUUUGGAUACAUUUUCACGAUUAUACAGCUAAUUGAUCGAAUUCUCCGAAACAUCUCUUCGCCGAACUGUUUGUUCUUACUUCUAUGUAUGGAUAGAUAGUUUUUACGUCAUAAAAAGUAAUAUUUAGACAGGUUUCCCUUUCAGUUGUCUCACAGUGUUGUACAAUAUUUAUUGAUGACCAUGUUUCCAGCACAACCUCACUUAGUUAACUAGCUCACUAGUUUUCUAGUCUGCGUAAAGAGGGAGGGUUGGGCGUAGGGCUAACUAACACACCGCUAAACCUAUCAAACCGGUAGAGAAAUUUCAACGCACAGAAAAUAUAUUUAAUUCAUCAUAUUACCAUAAAACGGGAAAAUAAACAGUAGGAUUUUGAGAUAAAGGUUGAAUUCGGUUAGCCAUAGAACCUACUAUGCUGCCCGGUUUGUGAUUAUUAAAAAAGCCAAAAAUAUGCUCCACUGCAAACCUCAGGGUGGCACAAGUGAUUAUGUCAAAUCCUAUACUAUUUAUUAAUUUUUUGUGUGUGUGGACACACAUACAUAGGGAGGAGUAUCGUGCUUUGCAUGUGAGGGUGGGAGAGCAUAUCUCAAAAUGCUUAGAAAAACAAGUGAAUUGAGGAAAAGCGAUUGACGAAGGUGUCAGACUACCAAUUUCGUCUAUAGCUAAACAUCUAAU